AUGUCCAACCAGGGAUACUACCAGCAGGGUCCUCCUCAGGGCUACGGCAGCCCGCCGCCAGGACCUCAGUACCCUCCUCAGUCCUACGGCCCGCCCCAGGGCCAGUACUAUCAGCAGCCUCCCCCGAUGCAGUACCAGCAGCAACCUCCUCCUCAGAAGUCGAGCAGCGGUGCCGGCAAGGGCUGCUUGGCCGGUCUUUUGGGAUGCUGCAUCUGUCUUGAGUGCUGCGACUGCUGCGGUGACUGCUGCGAGAUGUGUGUUGAGUGCUGCUAA